CUUUGUACCCUUGACAACGGUCCUGGAACAUUCCAGUCGUGCAUUAUGCCCAGAGACUGCGAGACCUCUGAUUGGUCCGUUUGGAGUCCAUGUUCAAAGACAUGUAGGGCAUCAGAUAUGUCGCCUGGUUUUCGGGUCAGGACUCGAAGCAUAACGCAGACUCCUAUUGGACUAGGCAAAGAAUGCACCCCUCUUGAAGAAAAGAAAGCCUGCAACAUCAUCGGAGAUUUACUUCCGAACUGCCCUAGGUAUGUGUGGAAGAGCACAGAUUGGGGGGACUGUCAAGUGGCCCCUCUUCUCAGCCAGCAGGACAGAAGGCUUAACAAUGUAAGCGUUCUCUGCGGUGGAGGGAUUCAGACCAGGCAGCUGUACUGCAUCCAGGUCCCUGACAACUCCACCCCUCAUCACAGAAAAGAGGUGUCUAGGCCGGUAAGUGGGCAUCUGUGUUUAGGAGAACUGCCUUCUGCGGUGCAGCCCUGCUUCAUACCAUGCCCACAGCUAUGCCUGCUCUCGCCCUGGUCCUCCUGGGGGGCCUGUCUCCACGACAACUGCAUGGAAACACUUGGACGAAAAGGCUACAGGCAGAGGAGGAGAGAGGUGCUGGAGGAAGGAUCAGGAACAGAAAGCUGUGCUCAUCUCCUGGAGUCAAUGCCCUGUGAGGAUCCAGUAUGCUUCCUGUGGCAGGUGCAGUUUGAGGGCGCAUGUGUGCCCAGCGAAGGGAACUGUGGAAAUGGAAGCAGGACUCAAACUGUGGCUUGCGUCAACUCAAAAG